AUGCUAUGGGAUCUCAUUUUUCUAUUUAUUUUGUUUUCUCUCUAUUCUUAUAUCCUACUAGAUAUUUUGGAUCCAGAAAGAUUAGUGCAAUGCCCAUAUGAUAAGCAUCAUCAAAUCAGAGCCCGCCGGUUUCCCUAUCACCUUGUAAAAUGCAGGAAGAGCUACCCUCAGGUUGCAAAGGAGUUGUCCACGUGCCCCUUCAACGCCCGCCACCUGGUUCCUCAAGCUGACCUGCGCGAUCACAUAUCAAAUUGCAAUGACAAACGGUUCAUCGAGGAAGAAAUAGCGAGUGAGGCCAGUGACUUCCAGAGAAGGCAGAUGAAUUCUGUGAGCACGUGGCAGGCACCUCCGUGCGAUGAAGACUGGGAUACAGGUGAGGAACUUCCACAUCUGCCUUCACCCUCAUCCUGUCUUCAACUCUCCUUGAACAAGUCCCUGGAGCACUUGACUUCUCCAUUUGUUCAGGGCAUGGCAGACUAUGGCAUAAACGGCACCACGUUGGAGCGUAAGAGUUACCUGCCUCCAGGUUUACGUGCCCCCAAGUCCUCUCCGUAUGCCAUGGCAAGGAAGCCUAGCUGCCCUCAGGUUGCAAAGGAGUUGUCCACGUGCCCCUUCAACGCCCGCCACCUGGUUCCUCAAGCUGACCUGCGCGAUCACAUAUCAAAUUGCAAUGACAAACGGUUCAUCGAGGAAGAAAUAGCCAGUGAGACCGGUGACUUCCAGAGAAGGCAGAUGAAUUCUCUGAGCACGUGGCAGACACCUCCAUGUGAUGAAGACUGGGAUACAGAGUCCCUGGAGCACUUGACUUCUCCAUUUGUUCAGGGCAUGGCAGACUAUGGCAUAAAUGGGUAA